AAAAGCCGGACGCCGCCGAAGAAGAGAAACGCCGGAUUCCAGGACUCUUGCCGCGAAGCUGUGGUACUGCAAAAUGACGGAAAAAUCGGAGUUCAAAGUGCCGACCAUCGAUCCGAAGGUGUUGGCCAAAGGGCGCAAGCCGGAUCUGCCAUCUAGCGCCUCGAAGGUUAACCUACCGAUACCCAAGCCGGAGGAGCUGGGGAACGCCAGCACGUUCGAAACGAAUACCGCCGAGAUUCCACCGAUACCGUACAAGGAACCGGGUUGGUCCGGCAAGUGCCAUCCCGAUCGAAAUUACUUCUUUGAGGUGGAGAAGAACGGGGUCAUCAUCGAAAAGGUGCGCCAACUGCAAGGUAAGCCGUUCUGGCUGUUUGGCCGGCUCCCGAACUGUGAUCUCAAUUUGGCGCACCCAACGAUAUCGCGAUACCACGCGGUACUGCAGUACCGUCCGGCGCCACGGGAUGCAUCCGAUUCCGAGGAAGACGAGCAGCAGGACGAUAAAAGACGCUCCACGCACGCCACCGUCGAACCCGGGUGGUACCUUUACGAUCUGAAUAGCACGCACGGAACGUUUGUGAACAAGCAGCAAAUAGCGGCGCGCACGUACGUGCGAGUGCGCGUCGGUUACAUGCUGAAGCUGGGCUCGAGCUCGCGAAACUACAUUCUUCAGGGACCGCCGGAUGAUGAGGAUGAACCGUCGGCCAUGACCAUCACCGAGAUAAAGGAACAAACGGCUAAGAUUCGUAAACUGCGUGACGAGAUGGCCGAAAUCGAGCGAAAGGAACGGGAGCGCAUCGAAAAACUGAAGGAAGAGGAAGGCAUCAGCUGGGGUAUGGCGGAGGACGCCGAUGAGGAAACGGACCUGACCGAGAACCCAUACGCCGCGUCUAACAAUGAGGAACUGUUUUUGGAUGAUCCUAAGAAAACGCUACGCGGAUACUUUGAGCGUGAGGGACACGAGUUGGAUUAUCAGGUGGAGGAACUGCCCUCCAGACUCUACAAAUGCACCGUGGAGCUACCGAUCGAUGAUGCCAACGGUCGUCCGAUCGUGGCCACAGCGACGGAUAAAAACAAGAAGAAGGAAGCGGUCGUCCAAUGCGCUCUGGAGGCUUGCCGCAUACUAGAUCGGCAUGGUCUGCUACGCCAAGCAAAUCAUGAACCACGACGUCGAUUCAAAAAACAAUCGGACUCGGAUGAUGACGAUGAGUUCCUUGACCGUACCGGGGCUGUCGAAGAGCGCCGUAAACGGAAGCAAACGAAAAACACGCAGCAAGUUCGUUCCUACGAGGACUUGAUUCGCGAAGAGGCAAACAUUCUCGAGCGUUUGGAUGAGAUCGUGCAAGAGAUUGAAAGAACGCAGCUCAUUUCAAAGGAAACUCGUUUGCCCAAGAACGAGGAUGAUGUGGACAAUUUUUUAAAGAGCCUCGUUCCGCCAGAAGACAAAUUCAAAUUGAAGCGGCUGCGCUUGGAACAGAACAACCUCAACCUGGAGCAUGCGAAGGUGAAGAGAUUGAUCGAAAUUGCCAAACCACUCGAUCUGAAUAGCAUCGUCACGGGUAAGCUGCAGGAUAUCCCGAUACCACGCGAUACUGCAGUACCGACCGGCGCCACGGGAUGCAACAGAUCCCGAGGAAGACGAGCAGCAGGACGAACCCCGGUGCCGUCAACCAUCGACUCGGAUGAUGAUGAUAAGUUCCUUGACCCCACCGAGGCUGCCGAAGAGCACCGUAAACAGAAGCAAACGGAAAACACGCAGCAAGAUCGUUCCUACGAGGACUUGAUUCGCGAAGAGGCAAACAUUCUCGAGCGUUUGGAUGAGAUCGUGCAAGAGAUUGAAAGAACGCAGCUCAUUUCAAAGGAAACUCGUUUGCCCAAGAACGAGGAUGACGUGGACAAUUUUUUAAAGAGCCUCGUUCCGCCAGAAGAUAAAUUCAAAUUGAAACGGUUGCGCUUGGAGCAGAAAACCCUCACCCUGGAGCAUGAGAAGGUGAAGAAAUUGAUCGAAAUUGCCAAACCACUCGAUCUGAGUAGCAUCGUCACGGGGAAGCUGCAGGAAUCGUCCUUUGAUGAUGCGCAGGAUAAGAAACGCAAAAUGAUGCUGCCCCUGUUUGGCAAACGGAACAAACUGAGCAACACGUUCGCCAUCCAGGGAUCGAACAUAAAGGCGGAAAAGGAUACGGAUGUGCCGGCCGAAGGUAAAGGUAAAGAUUCAAAGGCAGGGAAAGCGUCCAGCAGUACGGAGGGAAACAAUGAUAAGAAAACUACCAGCAAAACGGUGCAGCAAAGCACUGCCACAGAAUCAGCCGAAAAGAGCAAGCAUUCCUCCGAACCAUCGCCCUUGGAAGGCCGUAGCACGAAGAAACGAUCAAUUACCGGGGGCACCGAGGAAUCGAAACCGUCCAAGGCGAAAGCAGAAGAAGAGGAAGCAGCUGAAGAAGAAACGGAAGCUGCUAGCAGCAGCCGAAAGAAGCGUCCACGCUACCGAACCCGUGGCAAAGUUCGAGACAACGUCGACAUCGACGAUACGGAAGAGCUGGCGAGUGAAGAUAAAAACGUAGAGUGGGUUCCACCCUCGGGACAGACGGGUGACGGUCGGACUUCGUUGAAUGAAAAGUAUGGUUAUUAGUUAUGUCGGAAUUGUGGAGCAUA